UUUGUUUACCUGUGCAGGUUAAGAACCUUUAGAAUUAAAAGUACACUGCACUACUGAACAAAUUGUGUGCUUUGUAAAACAUUAAAAUUAGUCAAUACCAAAUAUGUUACGAAUCUGUGCACUUAACGAGGACUCGGACGACAGUAGCAGCUGUAGUGAUAACGAAAAUGCGAGUGAACCCAAAGAUGCAGAAACAGCUAUCCUGUCCGAAUACCUUGAUGCAUUGAAAUUAAAAGAUCAAAAUCAGUUGGAUAAGGCAUUAGCAGCUUUCUUGAAAUUGAUCGAUAGCGAAGUGCUAAUUAACAUAACAAACGAUGCGCAAAACAAGCUAUUUAUGAUAAAAUACAACUGCCACCGUAAUAUUGGUUUGAUCUAUAAGGAAAAGAACGAUUCGUACUUAGCACUCGAACAUCUCUGUAAAGCAGUGGAUAUGGAUGAAACAGAUGUCUAUACUGUAUACAGUCUUGCUAAACUAGCCUUUUCUAUCGGACAAAUACAUAUAGCGAAGAUAUGCUACGAAAAAUGCGUUGCCCGAAACCCAGACCAUUGGCCAAGUCUGGAAGGAUUGCUCCAGUUGUUUUGCGAGACCGGAAACGUUAUAGAAGCUUUUGCGUGGGCUAUGCAUUGCUACCGGAAGGACAGUACGUACAAGGGAGCCAUCAACGUGCUAGCGGAAAUCAAAACAUAUUUCCUCCCCACUGUGCCUUUUCUAGAGGAGCUGUUUCAGGUUACGUUUAGGAAAGAUGAGGCACUUAAGCAAUGUACAAUAACUUCCAAACACGGAUAUUUUCUUCCUCGAUUGUUAGAUAUUUCGUGAGCGUUGUACUAUGUUAGUACUAGGUAGAUAAUUGAAAUAAUUCGAAGGUUGGUCUCAUAAUUCUUGACGAAGUGAAAAGCAGGUUAUGUUUCGAUUCGCAGCUUAUAAGUUUGUUUUAUUUUUUGCGAAGACAUCAAUUCCAAAUUUGGUUUUGUACUAGUAAAAGGUAAUAGUUCAUUAACACAUCGUACUACGUUUGUCAAGCUGAAAUCCUAAGUAGAUGAAAAAAGACAACUGUACUAAUUUGAGUAGUAUUUAAAACAACUUUUAAUUAAGUCAGAAAAACCAAGAAUUAAAUUUUAGCAGUAGACAUGUGUUUAGAAAAAAGCGAUUAAAGCACCCAUGUUGUACAUUUCUAAUCAUUUCAACCAAACAAGGCUUAUUUUAAAAUUUAAUUUGACUAUUAGAAAUUUUUAAAAGUAACAUGAUAAACGAUUCUGUUAAGAAUUGACAACAUCGCAUCUAUUAAAAACGCGCCAAAAUAUCCCCCAGUCGUCUUUAAGUGCCAGUUGUCAGAAGCAGUUUGAAAAACAAUAA